ACGCCCACCAGGAAGUAUCGCUCUCUGUGAGUGGCUUAGUGGUGCUGGCGGGGCGGCUCAGGUGCUGGCAGCGACAGGUGCCCUGACUUCCGGUAGGGGUGUUACUGGAAGAUGAGUGUGACCGUUACCACAGUCCCUCUUUUUGGAAGGCCACAGCAAUUAAAUGAAUUCAAUUUCCCCCACCGCUGUUCAAUAUGGGAGCCCAGAAGCAUCACGACGAACAAUGGGACACAAAAACCCUAGCAGCCGUAAUGAUCAAACCAAGAUGGGUUCGGAAGGAGCCUCCCGGGAUGGUGAGGCUGAUGAGGUGGAUAAGAUCAAGAGCAAGCUGUUGACCGCGUGGAACAAUGUAAAAUAUGGAUGGACAGUGAAAAUGAAAACUCAUUUUAGUACAACGAUGCCCCUUUAUUUACUUGGAGAACUCUAUAACUUCAGAUUUGAUGAUGACAUUGAGCGCUUCCAAAAAGACUUUGUGUCCAGAAUUUGGAUGACUUAUAGAAAGGACUUUCCAGCCUUGGAAGGAACACUUCUCACAACGGACUGUGGCUGGGGCUGUAUGAUCAGGAGCGGCCAAAUGCUAUUGGCACAAGGCCUGCUGGUGCACCUUCUGUCCAGAGACUGGUUCUGGCCUAAUGCUUUAUACACGCACUUAGUAGACAUGGAACCCAUCCGAUCAUCUUCUCCAUCCAACACCCUCAACUACCCUGUGCCUUCCUCCGCCAAAUACCCUCAGGAACGAAGCCGCUCAGUGUGGCACACUCUGCCUCACCAACGCGUCGUACAGUACCCUCACCAAGAGCAGAUCCAUCGAGACAUACUGCGCUGGCUCUCUGACCACCCAGCAGCUCCAUUUGGGUUGCACCACAUGGUAUCCUUGGGUGGAAGUAUGGGCAAAAAGGCCGGAGACUGGUAUGGUCCCAGUAUCGUGGCACACAUUAUGCGGAAAGCGUUAGACAGAGCAUCUCAAGUGCCUGAGCUGUCUGUCUACGUGUCUCAGGACUGCACAGUGUACAGGGGAGAUGUUGAGCAGUUGCUCGGUGAAGAUCCUGCGUCAGACGGCAGCGUUGUGGGAAGGGCAGUUAUAGUCCUGGUACCAGUGCGUCUAGGGGGAGAAGCCUUCAAUCCUGUGUAUAAACACUGUGUCAAGGAGUUUUUGCGGAUGCAAUCCUGUCUGGGUAUUAUUGGAGGAAAACCAAAACACUCCCUGUAUUUCAUUGGUUACCAAGAUAAUAAUCUCUUAUACCUGGAUCCGCAUUACUGCCAACCGUACAUCGAUACCAGCAAGGAUGGAUUUCCUCUAGAGUCUUUUCACUGUAAUUCUCCACGGAAGAUGCCCAUUACCAGAAUGGAUCCCAGCUGUACAUUUGCUUUCUAUGCCAGAAAUCAAACAGACUUUGGCUUACUGUGUGAUCAUCUAAUGAAGGUGUUGAGUUCUCCAUCAGGAGAGGAGAAAUAUCCUGUAUUCAGUAUUUCAGAUGGAAAAGCUCAGGAAUACAGCGGGGCGGAGGGCUCACAAUAUACGAAUAUACAAACUCAACACAAAACAUCGAGAAGACUGAUGAGGCCUAACUCAGACGAGUUUGAGUUCCUAUAAACAUCAAACCCAGAUUCCUACUCGGUACAGGAGUUAAAUCGGGUGAUUAUUCAUCUAGUGUUGCCAGAACACUGUUUUCUUGGACAUGUCACUUUCAAUAAGUGGGUGGCACACUGAAAGCUCUGCCCUUCCUGUUGGAUUGCUUUGAUUACUGAAUUAACUUCAUAUCUCCAGCAUAUGAAUUCUACAAACAGAAGGGUAGUGUGUUAUUUGCUGCCCUUCGCUAUAUCAAAGUGAUGUGUGUCUUGGAAAACGCAGGGCAUCUGGCCUCAACCACUGUAUGUCUUACUUGAAACAGGUUGGGAUACCAUAAGGAUUAUGAGUGGAACAUUACCGUCUAAAAACUUUAUUUUAUAGUUAGGGUGCCUUCAAGGUUAAAAUUAAUCACGUUUAGAUGUU